CGGGGUCGCGGUAGCGGCCGAGAUCUGGCCGGGUCGGGCAGGCCGAACUGCAGCUAAUCGGGCCAUGGCGGCCGAGGCGCGCGUGUCGCGUUGGUACUUCGGAGGACUGGCCUCCUGCGGGGCCGCCUGCUGCACACACCCGCUGGACCUGCUCAAGGUGCACCUGCAGACACAGCAGGAGGUGAAACUGCGCAUGACAGGCAUGGCGCUGCAGGUGGUGCGCUCUGACGGUGUCCUGGCACUCUACAACGGCCUGAGCGCCUCGCUCUGCAGACAGAUGACCUACUCCCUGACGCGAUUUGCCAUCUAUGAGACAGCGCGGGACCACCUGGCCAGGGGCAGCCAGGGCCCUCUCCCCUUCUCCACCAAGGUGCUGCUGGGCGGCUUCAGUGGUUUAACCGGAGGCUUUGUGGGGACCCCCGCGGAUUUGGUCAAUGUCAGGAUGCAGAACGACAUGAAGCUGCCCUCGAAUCAGCGGCGCAACUAUGCCCAUGCCCUGGAUGGCCUGUACCGUGUGGCGCGUGAAGAGGGUCUGAGGAAGCUGUUCUCCGGCGCGACGAUGGCCUCUAGCCGCGGGGCCCUCGUCACCGUGGGUCAGCUGUCCUGCUAUGACCAGGCCAAGCAGCUGGUCCUCAGCACCGGGUACCUGUCUGACAACACCUUCACCCACUUCAUCGCCAGCUUCAUUGCGGGUGGAUGUGCCACGUUCCUGUGCCAGCCCCUGGACGUGCUGAAAACCCGCCUGAUGAACUCCAAGGGGGAGUAUCAGGGUGUUUUCCACUGUGCUGUGGAGACCGCGAAGCUUGGACCACUGGCCUUUUACAAGGGCCUCUUUCCCGCAGGAGUCCGGCUCAUCCCGCACACUGUGCUCACCUUCGUCUUUCUGGAGCAGCUGCGGAAACACUUCGGUGUCAAAGUGCUGACCUGACGACCCCCAGGCUGCUGGGCAGCGGGGCUGGCCCCAGGAGCAGCCCUUGGGAAGAGGCAGGCUCAGGCUCCUGUCCUUGCCAGCCUGGGCCACACUGUGCCACCCCCACACUGGGGCUGCCUGGGCCUCCCAACCCUGCCUGGGCCAGGGCUGCCUCCAGGGGCUUGGUCCCCUCUGAGCCCCACCAGCUCAGGCCCCUUGCCACCCGCAGUGGGUGUUUAGCCUGCCCCUCCCCCCACAGGGGGCCGAUUCUGGGCUGAGGCCGGCCCCAGGUCCCCUGGUGUUCCAGUUGCUGGAGCUGGGAGGGGUCCUGUCCCUGUUCCUGCUCACUAGGUGGCAGCCCGGGCCUGAAGAGCAGCUCCCAGUCGCCUCUGCCCAGGCCUUGGGUGACAGGUGGGGCAGGGCUUGCCAGCUGUGACAUGGGCACUUUUGUGUCACCAGGGGGCUGUAGUUUUGGUGUCCUCAGAGGUAGUGCCCCUCCGAGACCUGCUACAGGGAAAGGAGCCCAGCUGCCAGAUCACCGGCCAGUUCCAGGAUGCCAGCCCUGGUGCCCCAGGCCCUCCCCACACCCAGCUCCAGCCGCUUUACUGGUCAGUUUUGCCAAAACCUCUCAGUACCAACAGGCCGCUGCUACCUUCAGGGGUUAGCCCAAGCCCACCUGCGCCUUCCCCUCCUGGCAGCCUGGAGACAGGCCCCCACUGGCAGAGAGGGGGCAGCUGGGACAUCCAUGUGCUGCAGAGUGUCCUCCAGGACUUUCUUCCCUGUAUGGCAGGUGGUCACUCGCCAGAGCCCCCCAGUAGCCAAAAACCCUCACCAAAGCUGCCUGUUUCCCCCAAGUGGGGUUGGGCGCCGGUCUGCCUCCCUGGUCCCUUGGCACUGGGCCCGGGAUGGGGCUAGUGGAUCCAGGGGUGCCGUGGCGCAGCUCUGCAGGGGCCUAAUAAAUGACAGAGACCUG